AUGGCGACCAACGCUCACCAGACCGAGAUCGCGCUAGAGAAGUCGGCCGCCCACCAUGUGGAGGAAACCCUGGGCGUCGGUGCCGUCGUCGAGGCGAAGCAGGCCGUUGAUGAGGAACACGCGCAAACCCUGUGGCAGGCCCUGCGAGAUAACCGGAAAGCGGUGGCCUGGUCGGUCAUGAUUUCCAUGUCCAUUAUCAUGGAGGGCUACGAUACCAUUCUGAUGGGGAACUUCUUCGCUUAUCCGACCUUCCAACAGAAGUAUGGCCAGGACUAUGGCGGUGAUGUGGGAUGGCAGGUGUCCGCGCCCUGGCAGACCGGGCUGAACAUGGCCAGCACGGUGGGUUGUAUCUUUGGUGGUAUCCUGAACGGAUAUUUGGCUUCCAAAUUUGGCUACCGCUCGGUCAUGAUUAUCGCCCUGGGAUUCCUGACUGCCUUUAUCUUCGUCGUGUUCUUCGCCAAUUCCGCCGCGGUCUUGCUCGUGGGACAGAUUCUGUGUGGAUUCUCCUGGGGGGUGUUCGCGACCGUUGGUCCCGCCUACGCCUCCGAGGUCUGCCCGACCAAUUUGCGCGGCUAUCUCACCAUCUAUGUUAACAUGUGCUGGGCCAUCGGUCAGCUCAUCGCGUCCGGCGUGCUGUAUGGAUUGGUCCACCGCACCGACCAGUGGUCGUACCGCAUCCCGUUUGCUCUGCAGUGGAUCUGGCCAGUACCACUGAUGGUGGUCUGCUGGCUGGCUCCGGAGAGUCCGUGGUACCUGGUUCGCAAGGAUCGGUUGGAAGACGCCAAACGUAGUAUCCGUCGACUGGGAGGCGACAAGACGGAGGAACAGAUCAACGGACAACUGGCCAUGAUGGUGCACACGACGAGGCUGGAGGCGGAGAUUGAGGCUGGGACCACAUACUUGGACUGCUUCAAGGGCGUCGACCUGCGUCGCACGGAAAUCUGCUGUGUCGCCUUCUUCGGUCAGAUUCUGUCCGGCAGCACGUUCGCCUAUUCCCCCACGUAUUUCUUUGAGCAGGCCGGCAUGGAUAGCAGCCGUGCCUUCCAGCUCGGUGUUGGAUGUACCGGGGUGGCCUUUGUCGGGACCGCUCUGUCCUGGUGGCUGAUCACAUACUUCGGCCGGCGGACGCUGUAUGUGUGGGGCCAGGGCAUCCUCUGCACCCUCCUCUUCCUCAUUGGCAUCGUCAACUCGGCCUCGCACAGCACCAACGCGAUGUGGGCCCAGGCCUCGUUCUGCUUCCUCUGGCUGUUUGUGUACUCACUGACUGUGGGCCCAAUCGCAUAUGCCAUUGUGUCGGAGACUUCCUCGGUGCGGCUGCGCCCGCUGACCGUGUGCUUAGCGCGCACCGCGUACCAGGUGGUCAACGUCAUUUCACAGGUGCUGGAGCCCUAUUUCAUGAACCCCACAGCCUGGAAUGCGUCUGGGAAAACCGGCUUCUUCUGGGGUGGGACCGCACUGGUCGCCUUUACCUGGGCCUUCUUCCGCCUGCCGGAACCCAAGGGGCGCACCUACGCCGAACUCGACAUCCUCUUUGCGACCAAAGUCCCCGCGCGCAAGUUCGCCUCCACGCCCGUGGACGCGUACGCGGUUGCCGUGUCACCAUCGCAGGAGGGACUCGUACGCGAUGGGGUGACGCAGGAGGCGAAGCAGUGA